AAAAACCUGUUACAUCCUUACAAUUUUUUUGAAACAUAUAACACCAGCUUCUAUGUAUGGCAUUGGCCACCAGCUAAAAAAGUGAAAGAUGGAAUAUAAACAAUGGUGUGUAAAAAUAUUUUCAGUUGCAGUGGGUUUUGGCAAGAACACUGCAACACCAUUAAACGACUACUUUUUCUUGGAUUCUGCAACUCAAGUUUGUCAUUAGAGAGGCGCGUUACUAAACAAACACAUCCUAUACACCUUGGAUACAAAAAUAUCAGAAAACCCUGCAAUAAAGAGAAUAAAUUGAAGACUACUAUAACCAGUUUGAAUCCAACACAAAAAGAGGUUGUCAUUGCAAACCCCAAAACUUAUUGUUCACUCUUGCAGAAAUGCGCCGCAUUGAAGGCACUGGCGGAAGGCAAGAAUGUUCAUACCCAUGUCAUCAAAACCGGAUUAAAUCAUGACGUUUAUUUGGUAAAUCACCUGAUUCACAUGUAUAUAAAAUGUGGUGUUUUAGAAGAUGCACGUCAUGUGUUUGACAAAAUGCUUAAACGAAGUGUUGUGUCAUUUACAAACAUGAUUGCGGGGUAUUCUCAGAAUGGGGACGCUGAGGAGGCCUUAAAUCUCUUUCACCAAAUGCAACGUGAAGGUAUUUCUGGGAAUUGCUUUACCUUCGUAAGCAUCAUCAGGGCGUGCACCAGCAUUCGUGCUUUUCAAGUAGGGGAACAGUUCCAUGUCCAUUUCAUUGAAGUAGGGCUUGAUUCAGAUAUAGUUGUAGGCACUGCUCUUGUUGAUAUGUAUGCUAAACGUGGUAGGAUUGAAGAUGCACGCAAUGUGUUUGACAAAAUGCCUAAACGAAAUAUUCUAUCGUGGACUGCAAUGAUCAUGGGGUAUGCGCAAUAUGGCCCCCUUGAUGAAGCACUUAAACUUUUUAACCAAAUUCCUGCAAGAGACUUGGUGUUGUGGAAUGCAAUGAUUGGCGGAUUGGUUCAGAAUGGGUAUAGCAACGAGGCGUUGCAACUGUUUUAUGAAAUGCAGCGUUCUGGAACAAAAGCAGAUAGGAUUACUUUUGCCAGUAUUCUCCGAGGAUGUGCCAACCUUGCAGUUCUAUUACAUGGUAAGCAGGUUCAUGCUCAUAUUGUCAAAAGUGGAUUUGAACUAGAUGUUGUAGUUGGGAGUGCUCUCCUUGACAUGUAUGCUAAAUGUGGGAGUGUAGAAAAUGCGAUGGAAGUGUUUGACAAAAUGCCUAGACGAAAUGUUGUCUCAUGGAGUGCUAUGAUUUCAGCAUGUGCUCAGCAUGGGCACGGAAAGGAUUCUCUUCAACUGUUUAAGAAAAUGCAAGAGGCAGGCAUUAAAGCUAACAUAAUUACCUUCGUUGGUUUGCUUUCUGCCUGCAGUCAUGUUGGGUUAGUGGACCAGGGUCGCCGCUACUUUGAUUCUAUGAAUAAAGAAUAUGGGCUCAUUCCAACAGUAGAGCACUAUAGCUGCAUGGUUGACCUUCUUGGACGUGCCGGAUUCUUGGACGAGGCAGAGGAAAUUAUCCACAGGAUGCCAGUUGAGCCGGAUGCAGCUGUUUGGGGAGCCUUGUUGAGUGCCUGCAGAACCCAUGGAAACAUGCGACUUGCAAGGCAUGCAGCAGAACAACUUCUGCGGUUGAAAGUACAAGAUAGUGCAAGUUAUGUGCUUUUGUCAAACAUCUAUGCUUCUCUGGGAUUGUGGGAUGAUGUAGCUAAUGUGAGAAAAUUGAUGAAAGAUAGGGGAUUGAAAAAGCAGCCUGGAUGCAGCUGGAUUGAAGUUAAGAAUAGUAUGCAUGUGUUUAUUUCAGGUGAUAAUUCUCACCCUCAAAUAGAUGAGAUUUAUGCAAUGUUAGAGAGACUAACUAAGCAGAUGAAAGAGGAAGGAUAUGCACCCAACACAAGGGUUGUGCUGCUCGAUCUGGAAGAGUAGUGAAGGGAAAAUUUCUUUGGGAUCACAAUGAAAAGAUGGCAAUUGCUUUUGGAAUUAUUGCAACACCUCCGAGAAUACCAUCCGAAUCUUGAAAAUCCUGCUGUUGCCACGCUGCCAUCAAGUUCGUUUCUAAGAUUGUUGAAUCCAAAAUUAUUUAAAAGAUGCUAACUGUUUUCAACAUUCUCAUUAUGAACAGUGAUUUUGUGGGAACUAUCGGCGAUGGCUGAGAGGCACAUGUCAGACAUAGGUUUCUGAAAAAGGUAUUUCUCAGACCAUGGGCUACCGCUAUAUAUCAAAUAUCUUAACAAAAUAAUGCAAUUUUUGGCUGUUGGUGAGGCCAACAUGUAUUACGUUUCUCGGAUAAUGACAAGAGAAUACAGUUUUUGGCAGUUGGUAAGGCCAACAUUUAUUACAUUUCUCAGAUCAUGGACUAUGUAUUACAUUUUGGACAAGAGAAUGCAGUUUUGUCUGUUUGUGAGGCCAACAAAUGCAUACAUAUUGUACCAAUGAUGGAUAAAUUAUACGGAUACAGGACCAAAUUUGUUCUGUUGUAACAUUGGGCAGUGGACUGGAAAUAUCUUUGCAAGAUUUCCCUUAAUGAUCAAGAUUCAAAAAUAACUAAUAGGGAUGGUCAGAUUUGAAGUUUAAGCCAUCAAAACCCCCUACAGAUAUGGAGUUCUUCUAAGAGAUCAACUAUAUAAAACCUUUGUGAAUUGCAUGGAAGAAUGUUUAUUAUUUAAUGAUUCAUCGAAUUUGAUCUGAACAAUGUUAACUACAUGUUAUUUAUGAUGCGAUAUUCCUUUUGUAAUUUGUGUAAGGUUGUCAGGUUUUCAGUACAUGUAUGAUAUGAUAAGGUAACCUUUGCAGUAUUAUAAGUACGAGCAGUUUGCCCAGGGCAUUUGAAAACGAUAAGUAGACAUUUAUUCUCUGUCAGUGAUAAGUAUAAUUUUCAUAAGCUAAGCAUUAAAAUAUUCUGUAUAUGAGAUGGGUUUUUUUAUAUGAUAUGCAAUGAUGAGGAAAUAGGAUGUCUUGAACUUGUAUUGACAUAUAAAAUGCGUCAUACACUAAAAUUCAGUUGCAAACUUUUUCCUUUCAAGCUGCACCAUCACGUUUCUUCUGUGGUGAUAGAAAUUGAGAAAUGCUACUACAUUGAAUGUAUGGCACAUGGUUCAAUAUAAUUCAAGUUUCAAUAGAGAUCUGUUUUAUUUAUUUUUGAUGCAGAGGAAUCAGUACUAGCAGGGACCCCAUUUGUGAGGUCCUAAUAAUGGGGCUCCUAUAAACCUUUGGCCGCAUGAGCUAUGCUUACUCAUGCAGCAAUUGAAGCUGGGGAUUUGAACCUAUGACCAUUAUCCAUGUCUUUCAACGGCAUAACUGUACAGUCUACACCCCAUGGGCAAUUGAGGUUGGAGAUUGUAUGGGGAACAUGAACGGGUUGAUCCAAAAUAAAUUGUUAGUAUUAUUGCACCAAUUGUUCACAUGUUACACUCAAUUUGUGGAAACUAAUCAUGCUAUAUGUCUUACGGUAAAUCUAGGAAGUAGGACUAGCUUAUUGUGGGAAACCAUUUUUUACUUUUCCUUAAAAAAGCAUCAUGGUAGUUGCUUAGACCGGAAGCCUUACCUUUAUAAGGUGCUUGGAAGCCUGUUAGCUGCCACAUAUAUAUUAUUAUUUAGGAUUCAAAACAGCUAAAAAUGUAGUAUUUUUCAACUUUGUAAGCCUAGAAUGUAUGGGGAAAAGAGACAUGCUCUUUUACUGCUAUGACACAUGUCUGCUGACACCUCUUUUACAUAUACAGACUGGAUAAAUUUAUU